UAUAAAGAUAGUAGCGCUGCAUGUCAUUUCAGCUAUCUUUUAUUUUAUAUUUUUUUAUUCUUUUUCUUUAAUGCAUUGGAACUUUGAAAGUGUGUUAAAUGUUUACUUAUUAUGUUCAGAUCGUUAAUUUGAUGACAAUUCUGUUAAAUAUUUAACUAUCUAUAUUUUUUAGGAUGAUAUUUUUCAUGUGCUUAACUGUCAAAUUUUGUUUUACUGAAUCGUGAAGCAACAAGAUGAGAAAGAGGUUAUAUCACUAUAUAUGAAAAACCUCUUACAAUUUUUAUCGCUGUUUAACUUUAUAAUGUGACAAAUCAAACCUCUCUGCAUCCUUUCAAUUGAAUACUCAUCAUGGCGCAUCAAUACGCUUCAAUGGUGAGCAAUGAAGCAGCCAAUGUGCGUUUCUACAAUGUGACGCAGCAACAGAUAGAAGUGCUCUGGAUCAACUUUGCAGGCCGCUUGCAACGGUACGUGACACUGGAGGGGGAUGCAUCAGUGGACGUGAACACGUAUGUGAACCACUUGUGGGUGUUUCGUGACACCUUCACACAUACUGAGUAUCUGGCCGACGGUCAGCUGCUGUUCCACGUGACGCCCUCCACACAUCCGUGUCCCUACUUCCGACGUCUGGUCAGGAUCACCUAUCCGCUGCUCACACUCAGCGAGAUCGCUGCCAAUGCUACACGAGCUGAAUUGCCAAUGGUGCUCGCGGACCGUCCGAGACUGGCAGUAUCGUACACGUCGACCGAGGAAGUGCAAGUAGUGUUCAACAACCUGACGCUGAGUGACGUGAACAUUUUCUGGGUGGCACCGGACGGACACCAGACGCUCUACCUAGUGUGCAACAAGCACCAGACACUGUUCGUUCGCACAGUGGUUGGCCACUUGUGGCUCGCAGAGGAGACACUCAGUGGCCGUCGGCUGCUGAUCGACGGCAAGCGACUCUAUGUGGCCACACGGGGCCACUCGGACCGGGGCUCCACACUCGCUCUGCUCGACAUCAGGUCGCCGCUCCACACGCUUGCCGAGCUGGCUCGCAUGGCGCUGCGACGUGCCGUCUAUCUCGCCAGGACGCCUGUGAGACUCGAGAUGCCGGCCACUCUGCUGCGGGACCUUGACCGAGGUAGACCAAGUUACCAAAUUCACUAGUCACCUACUUUAUCCUAUUGGAUAUCCGAUAAAUAUGUAAAAAAAGUUAUUUGUAUGUAUAGAGUGAAAAAUACUGUUUUUUCUACCUGUUUGAUAAAAAACAUGAAAGUGAUGUGCGAAACACUACCAAAGAGUAGAAUGGUUGUAUUUGCGAUCGUAGCGAGCGUUGUCCACAUCACACUGCGUGCUCUGCUCUGCUCUGCGAGAACGUGUCUUUGAACUCGUUGAGUGUGUAAUCACUCGGCGGCACCACCUCUUGUUGCAGGCUCGUGUUCAUGAUCUGUCCAAUAGUUGAUACAGGCUUGUAGGCUGCAUGUCUGCCGUACUUUGAAACCCGUACUCGUCAGGCAUAAUCGAGUCCUGGUGAUUCAUGAAUGAAUGAUGUGCUUCGGACUCAUAAUUCUCGUUUCCAGACAGUUUGGAGGCUGCACCUUUUUUACCAUUAGCGACAUCUGACCUGAGGUAGUCAAAGAAUCCCUCGUAGAUGACAAUGUUAUUUGACUGAGGAAUAAUGUUUUGUAGACCGUAGUGCUUGAAAAGGAAAGCUUGGAACUUUUUAGACGGCUUAUCAAUUGCCAUUUGAUGGGGCAACACAUUCUCCUCAUGAUGCAUAUGUUCAAAUAGUCGUUUUCCAUAUCCUUUACGUUGACUGGACUCGUACACGUACAAGUCCAGAAUGCAGAGAGCUUUUCUUUCAUGUGUCAUGCCCGUCUCAUCAAACAUGUGCAGAUUUUUCCGGUCAACUUUCAAAAGUCCAACAACUGUUCCUUUACCAUUAUUUGAUUCCAGAUCUGCUAGCAGAUAAACGUCAUAGUUGGAAUUCCUUAAUUUCUCUGCACUUGUAAUAGGUUUUAAAAGUGCUUCUGCUUUGGCAGAUGCUAGUCCCAUCGUAUCCAUUAUUUCGGACACAUAACCAAUACAUUUCGCCGCAGCCCUUCUGUCACCGUUGAAAGUAUCUGGAAAAAGAUUUUUAUUAAUCUUUGAUAUGUCACCUCUUAAAAA